AUGAGGCCCAUGCCAGUGAAAAUCUUAAGUGUUUCUUUUGAUUUCUUGAUCGUUUCUUCCAUCUUAUUAGCUUUUUCUGCAAAGGCAGUUAAAAUCGGUGUGAUGGUUAACCCUUACCUGCCUACUCGAAGAGAGCAAGAAGUAGCCAUCAGGAUUGCAGCACAACACUUCAAUUCUUCUUCGCCACUCGUUCUACGAUUCAACAAAACCAAUGAUGAUCCCGUCGAAGCGUCAACAACUGCUAAAGAUAUGGUUGACUGGGGAGCAGAAGUAAUCAUUGGCAUAGGGGCAUGGCCAGAGGUGGUGACCUUGGCAGGAGUAGGGAUUGCUUCUGGGGUUCCCAUUCUCUCUCUCGCAGAGACGACAACAACAUCAAACCUACUUUCAACCAUGCCUUUCUUGGUUCAAAUGUCUUACCCAACUUCUGAUGAGGUUCUCUGUCUGGCUAACAUCAUAAGUUCAUAUAAUUGGAGAAAGGUUAUAGUUAUUUAUGAGGAUGACAUCUAUGGCAGCAUUUCCUCUAUUGCCACACUCUUUUCUGAUGCACUCCAAGCAAAUGGUUCUAAAAUUGACCACCACAUUGCAUUUCCACCCAUGCGCACAGUCCCUACUAGUGCAGCUGAGCUAAUCAAGGAAAAACUACACAACAUUCCUCCGCAACUAUCCAAGGUGUUUGUCAUCCUUAGGUCCUCUCCCCAACUUGCCAACCAUCUGUUCAUGGAGGCCAAAGAACAAGAUUUAAUGACAGCCGAUCACGUGUGGAUUGUGAGUGAUGAUAUUACUGAUCUCCUUGACUCCAAUUUUAAUCAAUCAUUCAUCUCCUCCUAUAUGCAAGGUGUAAUAGGAAUUCGUACGUACUUCAACCAAACCACCACAUUCUAUCAAAAUUUCUCCAUUGAUUUUAAAAAAUAUAUAUCAAAUAAUAAUAUUGAACCAAGAAGGUUGGCAGUCCGAGCAUAUGAUGCAAUUCAUGUCAUAGCUAAUGCAGUGGCAGCUAGGGAUAGGAAUAAAAAUAUAACACUGUGGGAGGGAAUCCUUACAAGCAACUUUUUGGGUUUAAGUGGCUUCAUAAACUUAAGUACUAUUGGCAAUAACCUUCCUCAAGUUUGGGGCUUCUCUGCGUUUCGUGUUCUUAACGUAGUAGGAAAGAGUUAUAAGGAAAUAGGGUAUUGGUCCAGGGGAUAUGGAUUUUAUGAAGAUGAGGAAGAGCUGAGCCGAUUUGGAUCUACAGUGGUUCCUAUGUUACGUCCAGUAUUGUGGCCCGGGCAUAUGGAGAAGAUUCCUGGAGGGUGGGGCAGAUUGAAGAUCGGAGUGCCAAAUCAUACAACUUUUGAAAAAUUUGUGAAGGUGGAAUAUGAUGAUAGUGGGAAGGUAAAGGAGCCUCAAGGAUUUUGCAUCGAAGUCUUCAAGGAGAUUCUGAAGAACUUAAAUUAUGAUCUUUUAUAUGAAUGGGCUCCCUUCAAUGGCUCUUAUGAUGAUCUUGUAAAUCAAGUCUCCUUGAAGAACUUUGAUGCCGCAGUGGGUGACAUUACAAUCUUAGCUAAGAGGGCAGUGAAUGUCACAUUCACAGAACCAUUCUUGUCAUCUGGCCUUUCCAUGCUAGUUCCUAUCAGAACUAACCACACACCAUGGAUGUUCACAAAGCCAUUCACCAAAGAGGUUUGGUUUCUAUUCCUUGCCACCUUAAUUUACACUUGUGUUGUCGUAUGGUAUUUGGAACACAAGAACAACCCACAGUUCCAUGGAAAUUGGCGCCAACAACUUGGAGCUGCACUUUGGCUCACUUUUUCUACCCUCUUUUAUGCCCAUGGAAGGGUCUAUAGUUUCUAUACGAAAACAGUUAUUAUUGUUUGGCUCAUAGUGGUGCUAAUCUUGACCACUAGUUUCACAGCCAAUCUCAGCUCCAUUUUGACCAUUGAGAAAAUUGAACCAGUGCCAGCAGGGAGUAAAAUUGGCUAUGAUGGGGAUUACUUUGUCUUUAAGUACUUGCAGAAUGUGUUGAAUUAUAAGGCUCAAAAUAUUAUAAGAAUUAAAAAAUCAGAAGCCUACGAUGAUGCUUUUAGGAGUGGAAACAUCUCAGCAGCUUACUUGGAGACACCAUAUCUUAGGGUUUUCCUCUAUAAUCAUACUAAGUACACUGUCAUUGGUGAGACGCACGUGCUUGGGGGAUUUGGAUUUGUUUUCCCCAAAGAUUCUCCUCUAGCGGAUGAUUUCUCGGAUGUCAUAUUGAAACUAACAGAGGAUGGAACAUUCAAGAAACUUGAAAAAGAUGAAUUCUCCUUCACCUUAUCCAACACUCCUAGCCCAGACAAUGAGAGGAGAAAGGAUAGCCUAAGCACGGAGUCCUUUUGGGCACUCUUUGUCUUCACUGGUUCCAUCUCGACGAUAAUGUUAAUACUCUUCAAAGGCCACCUAAUUCUUCAAAAUGGGAGAAGACUAUCAAAUGUAAUGUUUGGGCCCAUGAGACAAAGUUUUAACAUGGUUUGGACAAUGACCAAGAAACGAAGGAAAGAAGAAGAAAAGGUGUUCCCAGUAUCCUCUCAAGAAGGGACGAUCCAUGGACAAAAUGAGAUCACAAUAGAUAUUAAUCUCCCAUCAAACCAGGUAGAUGAUGACAAUAAUUGA